AUGGCGAAACGCAAGUGCAAAGACAAUCAGACCUCGCCUCCUUCCAAGUCGACACGCACCACUACCCGCACCACCGCCCACAUGACCACCCGCACGACAGCCCGCACCACCGAGCCCGUGACGUCCGCACGCAUCACUCGAAGCAUGACGACAGAGGCCGCACGCAAAGCCGUCUUCAACACUGCCGAGCUCCUCGAGAACAUUCUCGUUCACCUACCCCCUCGCCAGCUUUUCACAGUGCAGCGAGUCAGUCACCAGCUCAAGGCAGCUAUUAAGGAGUCCACACAGAUCCAGAAGAAGAUGUUUCUGCGCCUGGGAGGAGAGCCCGAGGAGGAGUGGCUCGUAAGGGAAAGUCAUGCAGGCUGGAGAUUCAUUCCCACGGACAGCAAGCACGCGACCGACGGAAGUCAGUCACGACGAACAGUUGCGAAAGCCAACCAAGCAAUCUUCUCCGACUACAAAAUGGAAUUCAAUCUUCAAGGGGGUGAAUGCCUAAAAUUCAACACCGCAACGCGCAAGUCCAUGUUAUCGCUCAUCAAGGUGGGACACCAUUCAGGGGCUCCUACUUACCUGUGCGACCCACCUUGCCUGAGCGCAAAACUGAUUGUAGGCAUUGAAAUGCGCAAACAUCACUUUUGUCACAUCUUGAUGGAAGUCACGAGCCAAGCUGGUCUGACAUUGGGCGAUCUGAUCAAGGACGGCCGGCUCUCAUCAGCGGAAUUCCUCCCUAACGGUGACUUUACUGACAGGCCAGGACUCGAAAGAGGUCGGACUAUUCAAGAAUGUUUUGAUCAGCUUGAGCGCAAAGUUGGCGCACCGGUCAAGGUCUCCGGCGCAUCUGCAAUGAUCGAUGGCUUCGUGAUACCCUCGGAGGACCAGCGUCGUCGAGUCCUCAAGCGGAGAUGA